GGAAGAUAUACAGCAACUUCUAAUGCGAAUUCGUUUCCCACAGCAACUCAUUUUUAAUUCCGGUUUGAGCAGUAAAAAUGGCAAAUAGGACUGUUAAAGAUGCAAACAGUAUACAUGGAACAAAUCCACAAUACUUGGUAGAGAAAAUUAUUCGUACUCGAAUUUAUGAAUCAAAAUAUUGGAAAGAAGAAUGCUUUGGACUGACUGCCGAACUUGUCGUUGACAAAGCCAUGGCAUUGAAGUUUGUCGGAGGAGUCUAUGGAGGAAAUAUCAAACCUACACCGUUCCUGUGUCUCACUCUGAAGAUGCUACAGAUUCAACCAGAAAAAGACAUCAUUGUAGAAUUUAUCAAGAACGAGGAUUUCAAGUAUGUCCGCUUGCUAGGGGCAAUGUACAUGAGGUUGACUGGGACAUCAGUGGAUUGCUACAAAUACCUGGAACCACUGUACAACGACUACCGAAAAAUCAAGAGUCAGAACCGAAAUGGAGAGUUUGAGCUGCAACAUGUAGAUGAGUUCAUUGAUGAACUGCUACACUCUGAGAGAAUGUGUGACAUCAUCCUUCCCAGGCUUCAGAAAAGGCAGGUCCUUGAGGAGGCGGAGUUAUUAGACACACGCAUCAGCGCCCUAGAAGAGGACCUGGAUGAAGUGGAGACCAGUGACGAGGAAGACGAGGAAGAGGAAAAGCCAGAGAGAAUUCAGACCCCAGAGCCCCACAGACGGAGUUACCGGGACAACGACCGCCCUCGCCGUUCGCCCUCUCCACGCUACAGACGCAGCCGUUCACCCAGACGGAGGAGCAGAUCACCCAAGAGACGAAGCCCAUCCCCCAGGCGAGAGCGCCACCGCAGCAAAAGUCCCCGUCGCCACCGCAGCCGCUCCCGAGAGAGACGUCACCGCUCAAAGUCCCCAGGCCAUCACAGAAGCCACAGGCAUCGCAGUCACUCCAAAUCUCCAGAGAGGAGUUCAAAAAAGAGCCACAAGAAGAGUCGAAGAGGGAACGAGUGACCCAUUUUUGUAUUUUGUUCUCUUGGACAUUUCCUCUUUUUGACUUGGAAUUUGUGGCAAAAUGUUUACGUCUGUGUAUGGAAUCACUGGUAUUUUGUAUUUAAUUUUGGAAACUGAUUGCAUUUAAAAAAUAUUUUCAGAACAUGUUGCAGUAAAAAUCUAUCUCCAAUGUAUUUCUAAAAUCUGCAGCUCGUAUGGAGCUGUCCACAACCCUAUACAUCAGUGGAUAAAGUUUCUCAAGGUUUUAAACAUAAAGGACCUUUUGUUGUGUGAUCCGGUGUGAUUAUGGCAACACUGGCUAUUAAGAGUCUAGAAAAUAGAACUCAACUCGUAGACCGACCAAAAUUGACCCGUCAUCAGAAGCAUAAUUAGCUGACGUCAAUAAGGGUUUCCGGGCCUCCCGGGUGGCGCAGUGGUCUAGGGCACAGUUCGCGCCCAGGCUUUGCGCCACCCGGGAGGCCCGGAUGGCCGGUGGGGAUAUCCUUGUCUCAUCGCGCACCAGUGACUCCUGUGGCGGACCGGGCGCAGUACGUGCUAACCAAGGUAGCCAGGUGCACGGUGUUUCCUCCAACACAUUGGUGCGGCUGGCUUCCCGGGUUGGAGGCGCAGUGUGUUAAGAAGCAGUGCGGCUUGGUUGGGUUGUGUUUCGGAGGCUUUCGACCUUCGUCUCCUGAGCCCGGAUGGGAGUUGUAGCGAUGAGACAAGAUAGUAGCUACUAACAAUUGGAUACCAUGAAAAGGGGGUCAAAUUGAUAUUUAAAUAAAAUAAGGGUCUCCACUUCUCUAGGCCAACUGCUUUUCAGGAAGUUCCCAGAAGGCAUCCAACAUAUUUAUCCACUCUGGUAGUAUGUCAUCUGUUUAGACCAUGUGUCAAACUCAUUUUCCUUAGGACAGAGUGUCCCUAGGUUUUUGCUCCUCCCUUGUACUUGAUUGAUGAAUUAAGGUUACUGAUUAGUAAGGAAGUCCCCUCACCUGGUUAUCUAGGUCUUAAUUGAAAGGAAAAACCUGCGGACUCUAGGCUGUCCGUGGAAUGAGUUUGAAACCCCUGGUUUAAACUUGGCUUCCUGAUGUAAACCCUACUCUUUGUCAAUGGUAGAAUUCAAUUCAACUACAAUCUAUUGAAUAUGGGAUAUUUUUUUAAUUGGAUGUUAAAUGUGUUCACAUUUUUUUUACGCCUGUAUGGUGUUUGUAUUUCAUUUUAGAAACUGAUUGGAUUUUUUGAUAUUUUCAGACUAUGUUACAGAAAGAAUCAAUCUGAAUUGUAUUUCAUUAUGGGCAUGAGGAAUUAUUUUAGUCUAAAAACACAAAAAUAAUUAAAUCAAUAGUUUUAUUUGCAUGGCUCUUUCAACAACAACAAAAAACAUUUGUUUAGCAGCAACCUGGUCUAGAGAGCCCAAAGAGCAUAAAAAGAAAAUACAUUGUAUGUACAAUAUGGAAACCUCAAUUUGGUUAACCUCUGAUUGGUUAACUCUCAUCCUUGCUCUUAUUCAUUGUGAGAAGAAAGGUUUUUGAGAAAUUCCCAGAUUUCUGCACAUCUUUGAUUUCUUCCCCGUUGUUCAAUUUUCCUCAAGAUGUUGAAACUCUUUUUACCGUAUUUGUUAGGAUUUGGUAUCUCUGCUGCCUUCUUGUGAUAAUCAAUUGAUGCAUUGCGAUCCUGGAUGUGGAAGUUGCUGUAUUUGGCAUAAUGGAAGUAGAGUAUCUGCAACUCGUCUGGAUCCUGCUCGUUGGAGAAUAAAUUCUCAUAGAUCUGA